AUGUUCGCUCGCAGAAAAAUAUUGAGACAAAGCAGAACAGCGAUGAGUAAUGUAAAAUUGGAUGUGCAUGGUAGACUCAUGAAGGCUUAUAAUACAGUACCAGAAUGGUGGUUCCUCAUUGUAUUAUUUGGGAGCAUGGCACUAUCCAUAAUAAUGUCUUUGGUAUGGAAAGUGGAUGUGCAACUUCCAUGGUGGGGUAUGCUCUUGGCUUUCGCCUUAGCUUCUGUUGUAACCCUCCCAAUUGGUGUCAUCCAAGCAACUACCAACCAGCAACUUGGAUAUGACAUUAUAGCACAGUUCAUGAUUGGGUAUGUCCUUCCUGGAACACCAAUUGCAAAUUUGCUCUUUAAGAUUUAUGGGAGAAUCACCACCGCCCAUGCGCUAUCUUUCUUGUCAGAUAUCAAACUCGGGCACUACAUGAAAAUUCCUCCUCGAUGCAUGUAUAUAGCACAGCUGGUGGGAACUCUAGUUGCUGAAGUGAUGAAUGUUUCAGUGGCUUGGUGGAUGUUGGAUAGCAUUAAGGACAUUUGCAUGGAUGAUAAUGCUCACCGUGACAGUCCUUGGACUUGCCCGAAAUACCGAGUGACAUUUGAUGCAUCGGUUAUAUGGGGUUUGAUCGGACCAAGACGACUAUUUGGACCGGGUGGAUUGUACCGGAACCUGAUAUGGUUAUUCUUGAUUGGAGCUGUGUUACCGGUUCCUGUUUGGGUGUUUAGCAAAAUCUACCCUGACAAAAAAUGGAUUGCUAUGAUAAAUGUACCAAUUAUAUUUAAUGGUUUUGCUGGAAUGCCACCUGCAACUCCAACCAACAUUGCAACCUGGCUAUUGACCGGAAUGUUCUUCAACUUCUUUGUGUUUCGCUUCCACAAACGUUGGUGGCAGAAAUACAAUUAUGUUCUAUCGGUGGCACUUGAUGCAGGCACGGCUCUUAUGGCUGUUUUGAUUUUCUUUGCUCUGCAAAAUGCAGGCCAUAGUCUGAGAUGGUGGGGAACUGAAUUGGAUCAUUGCCCAUUGGCUACUUGCCCUACUGCACCAGGAAUUGUGGUGGAUGGUUGUCCUGUAUUCUAAUAGAGAAGCCUCCUGGACUAAACUUUCUCUUUUGUAUCUGUUUUUGUCUUCUGGGGUGGGAAACAAAUUAGGCUUGGAGUAUAGGUGAAAGGACUACCUAAUAACCAAUUGCUUAGCAAUUAUUGUGUAUAUGCUUCUUGCUUGACCAUGUGAAUUAUUCCAAUUUUGUCUAAGGAAUUAAAAAAAUUCAAAAAAAUAUUAUUUUUAUUUUUAUUGUUUGUUAUUUUCUUUUUAAUUUUGUCUAUGUUAUUUUACU